CGCCAUACCUCUCUCUCUACCUAUCAUCUUUCUUCGCCGAAUCUGCAAAACCAGUGCAAACCUCCGGUCCUGAUUCUCUCCCAAACCACAAAUCCAUCUCGGAUCAUUUAUCGACGACGACGACGCCGACCACACGAGGCAAUCACCAAACUGGGGAUCGCCAUCGAGCACCACCUACAUCACAUUGACAUCAACAUCCGUACUACUCCUCCUCCUCCUCCUCCUACUACUACUACUACCGUUACUCCUUAAUCAGAGGUGAUUUAGUCCACCCGUUGCCCGUUGCCGUUGCCGUUGCCCGUUGCCCGUGACGCCCUCUGUCCGGUUGGCCUCGCGACAGCUGGUAGCCUCGGCGCAUUGCCCAAACAACAUACCUCUACAUAAUAUUCCUUGAUUCACCAUCCAGUGGCACACAAGUCCAAGUCCCAUUCAAGUCUAUGUCGCUUGGUCCCGCCAGCUAACCGAGGAAGCUUCCGAAAAUCAGCUCGCCUCACGUCGUCUCCCCUUCCGGCGACGGCUCAACGCCCUGGGAACGUCACCUAGCGCUACUGUCACAGUAGCCCCGUAGCUUCUGGUCGCGUGGGGCCUAAACAUCCCGAAAUCAUCACACCAACACAUUGCACCACCGGCGCCCACCCCGCACCCACCGCUCACUCCGACAUCUUAUCCUGUAUUUGAGUCUGCGAGAAACAGUCUGACACGAUGGCGGCCCGAAAGCUCGCGCAAGAAGUUGACAAGUGUUUUAAGAAGGUGGCAGAAGGCGUGCAGGAGUUCGAGGCCAUCUACGAAAAGAUUGAGCAGUCCAACAACCCCGCGCAAAAGGACAAGCUGGAGGACAACCUGAAACGAGAAAUCAAGAAGCUGCAAAGGCUUCGAGACCAGAUCAAGACAUGGGCCGCAAGCAACGACAUCAAGGACAAGGCUCCUUUACUUGAGCAUAGGCGCCUGAUAGAGACGCAAAUGGAAAAGUUUAAGGCUGUAGAAAAGGCCAUGAAGACCAAAGCGUAUUCCAAGGAAGGUCUGUCGGCUGCGGCGAAGCUAGACCCCAAAGAGCAAGCCAAGUUGGAAGCAGGCGAAUUCCUCAGCCAGAUGGUCGACGAGCUCGAACAGCAGAUUGAAACUCUCGAGGCCGAGAGUGAGUCAAUACAAGCCACCAUGAAGAGGGGCAAGGGACAUGGCGCCAAGGCCGACCGGAUAAGCGAAAUCGAGCGCAUCAUUGAACGACACAAAUGGCAUCAGGGGAAGCUGGAGCUGAUUCGGCGAUCUUUGGAGAACGGCGGCGUCGAGACCGAGCAAGUGAAUGAGCUGGAAGAAAGCAUCAGAUACUACGUUACCGAUGGCAUGAAUGAGGAUUUCAUGGACGACGAGGGUAUUUACGAUGACCUGAACCUGGAAGAAGAAGAGGAUGCCUACGGAAUGAAUGUCGACAACGACAAGGGAUCCUCACAGGAUGCCCAGUCGAUCCAGGACGAGCCCGAGCCCGAGCCCAAGCCGGCGAGCGUACCGGCGACGAAACAACGUACCCCGGCCGAUACAGUUGCAGCAUCAUCGAUACGACGCUCUUCUGCGCAGUUGAAGUCGCCACUACCGACGUUGGCGACGGUCCACAACAAUACAAUGCCAAGCAUUAGCAAUACACCGGCGAGCAAUGUGUCCAUGAAACCGGCAUCACUGCCCACGAGGCCGGCCGAGGGCCUAAAAUAUGCCAGUGCAGCAGCCGCGGCAGCCGCCAGCGAUAAGAGUGGUGUAGGAAUCGCGCCCCUGCCCCCGCCGCCAACAACCAACUCAUCGCUACCGGCAUCACAACACGUCAAGACCAGCGCAGCAAACUCCCCUAGCGUUGCAACAGUGCAGCCUGUUGCCCAGGAGAGGAUAGUAAAUGCGGUACUCCCGGCUGUUGGCGGGUCGGUAACAAAUACUCCGGUACCGAGCAAGACUGAACCGGCCAAGAACGUGUCUUCUCGUGACAAGGCAUCGGCACCAGUCCCAGCUGCCACAGCAACGACUUCCAAAGCAACACCGGAACCAGAAGCCGUGAAGACCCAGCCCCAAGUGCCCCAAACCAACGGUGCAACCAAUGGUAUUAAGCCCAUCGAGGAAGUGGAAGAAGAGGAGUCGAUUUACCAUCUACCAGCGUCCUUGCAGGACCUGGUCGAGUCAUAUGAGGUUACCAAGAAGUGCCCAGCAUCUGUGGAUGCGCUUGCCACGCAGAGGAUGCAUGCGGUGGCGGUAGCGAACAAGCCGAGUGCUCUUGACACUGAGCUACCACGACCCUACUAUCCCGAUGUUAGGUACCACACGCACAACCAGUUCCCGCAGGAGCCCCUGGCCAUAUUUGAAGACCCCCGUCUCUACCAGCGGAUUGAUCCGGACACCCUCUUUUACGUCUUUUACUACAAACAGGGAACUUACCAGCAGUACCUCGCCGCCAAGGCACUGAAAGACCAAAGUUGGAGGUUUCACAAACAGUACCAGACGUGGUUCCAGCGACACGAAGAACCAAAAUCGAUCACGGAGGAAUUCGAACAAGGAACCUAUCGUUUCUUUGACUACGAGAGCACAUGGAUGAAUCGCAGGAAGGCCGACUUCAAAUUUACCUACAAGUUCCUUGAGGACGAAGUAUAAGGAGAUCUUGCUACGCGUGGCCCGGGAUAAAGCUGGCGUGCUCAUCGCUUAGGUUUGCCAUCGUCGGUGCUAUGAUCGUGGUAAGAGCAUUUGCGCACAACCGGGGUGCUCGCUUUUCCUUGAGCAUGGGAAUAGGGAUAUGAUAGGUUAUGGCAGGCUUUGGCGCGAGUUGUAAGCUUGUAACCCAUCUACGGUGAAGCCUACCGACUUCUUGGUAUUCCGAGGUGGAGCGUCAUUAGCUUUUGGUGAUCACAGUACAGCGGUACAAGCUUUCAUCUACCACGUCAGCGUCACCUUACCUUCCUUGAUAGAUUCAGACUUGUAAUUCUUUCUUGUGUGAAUCAAGGCUCGUCGGUUCGCUGUCUGCCUGUCGUUUGGGAGACUUUGAGCUCGGGAUUUGCUGAGAACUAGAUCUUUCCAAGCACUUCUGUCUGCAAAGAGAUAAGAGGUAGCACAUUGCCUCAACUGCCGAGCUACAAAGGUGUAGAAGCUUUGAAAUGGCGGAUACAGCCCUGGAGCGUAAGAGUGUACCUGGUUUAGGGUAAAAGUUGGUUUUUUGGCCAUCAAAACCUCCAAAGAUGAUCAUGCACCCGCCCCGUGGAUGAUAAUGGGGCAGAGACUCGAGUUACUCUACGACGGACUAGCCAGUUAUCAGUCUAGACAAAUCUCAAUAAGACAAGAGGCAACCGUUCCAUAUGGGGAGAACAAGGCCAACCUAGUCAUUUG